CAUGAUCCAGACUUGAUUUUUGACGAGCUGAAUAGCAUACAGGUGGACAGCAAUGUUUUGUCCAAUGCUAUCAAUCCACUCUCCAGUCCAUUGCAUGCGAUGCAAGAUGAUCAGCAAUACGAUCACCAUAAAAAGAAACAGCAGCACCGCCGUAAGAAAUCGCACAGUCGUAGAGGAUCACUCUCCGAUGACGAAGACUUCUUUCGGGAUGCUGAAGAUGGUUCUACAGAUUGGGAUUGGCGCAGUAGUGGAGAAAAUGAACAUUUUUCUAUUCCUCAACCACCUCGGAUUUAUCCUGAGGGACCCACGCUAUCAGAUGGACCUUUCUACUUCAGGAUCACUUUCACUAUUACAAAUCUUCCGCAUGAUCCGGAAUUAAGUCGACAAAACUCUCCAAAAUUUACAAGAGUUGCUGAAGACUUAGUAUUAGGUCUUGAAGCUCUAUACAGAACAAUACCAGGACAACAAGCUGUUACUGUAUUGUCUUUCAGCCCUCUUCCACAUUCCAGCAAAGAAUAUGUUCUAGUCACACUUGAUGUUGGUUCUCUGGGUAGUAAUGACAGAGAAAGUAUAGAAGAUGUGAUAAAACAAGUUAUUCAGUCUGGCUCCUUAGGAAAAUAUAAAUUGUCUCCUGAAGGUUUUUCUGUUAGGUCAUUUGGAGCUGCUACAGAUCAAGGUAUACCUCAGACCUGUGCACCUGAUGAAAUAUAUUGCACAUCUUUUGAAUGUGUAAAUGCAGCUAAAAGGUGUGAUGGUCGUGAAGAUUGUCGUGAUGGGUCUGAUGAGCUUGGUUGUCCUGUACGAGCAAAAACUCUGCAAAGCGUUCAGGGCUGCCGAAGUGAUGAUCAAAUGAUUUGCCUUGAUGGAACUUGUAUUGAUUCUAUUCGUGUGUGUGAUGGUGUAGAAGAUUGUACGUAUGGAGAAGAUGAAGUAACUUGUGGGGGUAUUUCUGAGUGCCUUCCUGGUGAGUUUCAGUGUGAUGGUCUGAGAUGUGUUGAGGAAAGGAGGCGAUGUGAUGGUAGACCAGACUGCUCAGAUAGGAGUGAUGAGAGUAACUGCCCAG